GCAGAAUGCCUGCAGCCAUGGGAGACGACAAGGGGAAAGGUGUCGCUGCCGACAUGGAGGUGAUGUUCGACAUGUCGAAGAAAGAGCAGGGCAAUCCGUCCAACAACUACAAGAAGCUGCAUCGGCGCAUCAAGCAAGAUUACAAGGUCUCCACCAACAAGGAGGUCAUCAACAUCGAGAGGCUGCGAGUCGCCAACCUGGUGAUCUUUGCCGGGCCUCGGGAAAUGUUCACCGUCGAUGAGUUUACAGCGCUGAAGGACUACCUGGCAGAUGGUGGCAGCAUUCUCUUCCUGGUCGGUGAGGGUGGAGAAGGCAAAAGCAACACCAACGUGAACUAUCUCCUGGAGGAGUUCGGUAUGAGCAUCAACAACGAUGCUGUG